GGCAUUCCCAUUGAGGAGCUAUAAUAGAGGUCAAUAAGAAACUUUCACAAACAUUUUUGUUUGUAUACUGAUUUGGGGUAUAAAUGAUGUAGCCUAAUCCUGUUUUAUACUUGCAAAACUAGUUGCAUCAAUUUUGAGACAAAACAGGAUAGGAGGAUUAAUAUCGCGUACUGAAGUGCCAGCACAUCCGACCGACAAGCGACUUUCCACAGCUCUAGUUGUCGUGUCAUCGGACUGAGCAGUGUUUAUAAUAUCGGCAUGCAAUCAGCCGCAGCAGCAUUCUGAUAGCCAGCGACCGAACAGAAGCAUGAGUAUGGAUAGCCAGAAAGGAGUACAGAGUUUACUUCAGUCAUCAAUAAGAUCAAAAACAGUAUGUAUUGGAAUCGUGCGGAUUUUAUUUAUUGCCUUCGUUCACGCGGCGCAGGCUAACAAACAAGCAUUUAUUCAGUCGGACACAAUUCUAGAAGUGCUUCAUUUCGGUGAAGGAGAACUCUUGCAGACAGAGUCCGACAUUGAUCUUAGUUUAUAUCAUCAAAAAAGCUCGGCCCCACACAGAGGGAACUGCCGGCCCAUCCGCUUCGAGCCCCCCAUGCUCGACCUCCACGAACAGCCUGUGGGGAUGCCAAAAAUGGAAAAGGUUUAUUUACAUAAUCCGAGCUCCGAAGAAAUAAUUUUGAUAUCAAUAUCAGCAACAACUGCACAUUUUCACGCAUCCUUUUUUCAAAAUAGGGUGAUUCCUCCGGGGGGAAACACAUCCUUCGACGUGGUGUUUCUCGCCCGGGUCGUAGGGAACGUAGAAAAUACUUUAUUUAUUAAUACAUCACACCACGGGGUGUUUACAUACCAGGUUUUCGGUGUUGGAAUCCCCAACCCCUACAGACUCAGGCCCUUCAUAGGAGCCAGAGUCCCAGUGAACAGCAGCUUCUCACCGCUGAUAAACAUCCACAACCCCCACAGUGAACCGCUGCAGGUGGUGGAGAUGUACUCCAGUGGUGGCGACCUGCAUCUAGAGUUGCCAACGGGCCAACAGGGAGGCACCAGAAAACUCUGGGAGAUCCCCCCGUUUGAGACGAAGGGGGUGAUGCGGGCCAGCUUCUCGUCGAGGGACGCAGACAACCACACGGCCUUCAUCCGGAUCAAAACGAACGCGCCCAACCAGGAGCAGUUCAUCAUCCUCCCCGUGGAGGUGGAGGUCACCUCAGCACCUGGUAUAUACUCGUCCACAGAGAUGCUGGACUUUGGUUCGCUACGGUCGCAAGAUCGUCCAAAGCAGCUAAAUUUACACCUGCUGAAUUCGGGAACAAAAGACGUCCCGAUCACAAGUGUCAGGAGCACACCGUCAAACGAAGCAGUCUCGAUAGACUUUAAAGCCAUCACGCUGAAAGCGGGAGAGAACAAAUAUACCAAAGUUGCAAGUAUCAGUUUUGAUGCUUCCAGGGCACGAAAACCAUAUCAGUUCACUGGUAAAAUUACAGUGAAGGCGAAGGAGAAAAGCUACUCUAAACUAGAGAUCCCCUAUCAAGCAGAGGUCCUGGAGGGGUACCUGGGCUUCGACCACACGGCCACCCUGUUCCACAUCAGGGACAGCCCCGUGGACCCGGUGGACCGGCCCAUCUUCCUCACCAACACCUUCAACUUCGCCAUCCGCAUCCACAACGUGUCCCUGCCGGAGCUGGCCAGGACCAUGUUCAGGGUGCACAACUUCAGCGCCCCCAUCCUCAUCCCCCCCCAGGAGUCGCGCUACAUCUUCUCCCUCCUCUUCCGGCCCGUGCGGCCCUCCGUCCACAUCGACAGCAACAUCCUGCUCGUCACCAACGCCUCCAAGUUCCACCUGCCCGUCCGUGCCUACACCGGCUUCCUGGAGCCCCUGGUCUUGUCCCCCAGCCUGAAGGAACACCAGCUGGACUUUGGCAUCCGCAGCGUCACAGACACCAGCAGCAUCGUGUUUGUGGUGAUCAACAGCAACCCUAUAGAGCUGGAGAUCAAGUCCUGGCUGGUGACGGGGGACAGCCUGUCCAUGGAGCUGCUCAAGACGGACAGGGGGAAUCGGACCGCGGCGCUGGGGCGCCUCCGAGAGCUGCACAACAGCUCCGCGGCGCACCACAAAACGGCGAUCCUGGCGUCGGGCUACUACGCUGCGUUUAGGGUGACCCUGGUGGCCAGGGCCCUGGAGGGGGUCUACGACGGGGCCGUCCACAUCACCACAGACUACCAGAUAUUAACCAUCCCCGUGAAGGCUCUCAUCGCCGUGGGAACGCUGAACAGCUCGCCCAAACACAUGGUCCUGCCGCCCUCCUUCCCAGGAAAGAUAGUCCACCAGAGUCUGGGCAUCCAGAGCUCCUUCUCCCAGAGGGUUCGUUUACAGCAGAUCCGCUCUCUGACAGAGGACGUCCGGUUCUACUACAAACGUCUCCGUAGCAACAAGGACGAGCUGGAGCCCAGGAGAAAGUCCAAGGUAGCAAAUAUUUAUUUUGAUGCCAGCUUGCAGUGUGGCGACCACUGCUACGUGGGUCUCCCCUUCGUCUUGAAGUCGGAGGCCCGUCCUCACGGCCUGGCCCUGCAGGAGGACAUCUGGGACGCCGACGUGGACCUGCACCAGAAGCUGCUGAGGCGCUGGAAGGAGCUGAAGGAGCGCUCCAGCCACGAGAUCGAGGCCGUGUUUGAGGUGAACACGGACCUGCAGAAGAGCAUCCAGGCCCGGGUCACCGCCCAGCUGACCUGGCCGUCGCUGGUCAACUCCUCCCAGCGGAUCACCUUCCCCCUGACCAACACCAACAGUUCCUCUGAGGAGGAGGUGGUUCUGGAGAACCCCGCAGAUGUUCCUGUCUACGUCCAGGUUCUGCCGCUCGCCCUGUUCCCCAACCCGUCUGUGUUCACAGGGAAGCUGGCUGACAGGUUCCCACUAGGGAAGCUGUCCAAUAUCAACAUAGACACGAACACGCUGGAGUUUCAGGUCAACAGGAACAUGAACUCGGUGUUAAAGAGCAGCGCAGGUUUCGUGGAAGGGUCCUCCAAACCCUUCGUCUACAACCUCGUCCUGCUGCCCGGCGAGGUCAGAUCCUUCAACCUGAGGUUCACGCCUGUCAGCAACCACUCAGUCUCCUCGCUGCUCAUAGUCAGGAACAACUUGACGGUGAUCGAUAUGAUCAUGGUCCAGGGCCAGGGGGCCACAGAGACCCUGAAGGUGGCAGGGAAGGCCCCAGGACCAGGCAGCUCCCUGAGGUUCAAGAUGACCGAGGGCCUCCUCAAAGACUGCACAGAGAAGUCGAGGACCAAGGAGCCCAACUUCACCCUGCGGAGGACCUUCAGGGUGGAGAACACCGGCCUGCUGCCCAUCCACAUCCAGUCCGCCCAGAUCAACGGGAAAGCCUGCGAAGGCUAUGGAUUCAAAGUUCUCAACUGUCAAGAAUUUGCACUUAAGCCAAACGCUUCGAAAGACCUUGUCAUAUUGUUUACACCUGACUUCACGUCCUCCCGGGUGAUCCGGGAGCUGAAGCUGGUGACGGCGGGCGGCUCGGAGUUUGUGUUUGUGCUCAACGCCUCGCUGCCGUACCACAUCCUGGCCGCGUGCUCCGAGAGCCUCCCCAGGCCCAGCUGGGAGCUGGAGCUCUACGUCAUCGUGUCCCUCGUCAUGAGUUCCAUGUUCCUGCUGGUGAUAGCCACAGCCUACCUGGAGGCCCAGGGCAUCUGGGAGCCCUUCAGGAGACGCCUGUCUCUGGAGUCCAACCCUCCCUCGGAGACAGGCCGCCCCUUCGACCUCAGGGAAAUCGCACGCAUUCAGAGCGACACAAACUUGAAUGACUUCAACGACUCACAGCAGAACCCCUCGCGGGGCGUCUAUGGGGCAGGGGGGGCCUCGCGGGGAGGGGGCCGGCAGGGAACCAACCGGGGGCCCCCCGACCCCGACAGCCAGAGAACCAGAAUGGGCUUCGGCCGCUCCACUAUGCAAGCCUCCUCCUCCUCCUCCCAGCCUGCCAGAGGAGGGAACCCCCCGGGCCAGGAGGGGGCCGGGGGGGCGGCGGCCAGCCAGCUACCCGCCCGGAAGGCCCGCAGCUCCAAGCAUCCGGUUGUGGGGGUCACGGAGCUCCAGGCUCAGGGCUCGACGGGGUCGCCGCUGCCCCAGCACAGGGCUCUCUGCACGGACGACCCCGACUACGCCAGCCUGCUGGGGGCCAUGGACAACGACAUGGAGCGGCCAGAGACUCCGCUGCCCGAGGCCUCGCAGGAAUUGGCCUCUCAGCCAACACAGAACAAAGUGCCAGAGUUUAAAGGGAAACUGCGGGGUAAAACUAAAGCCCAGAAGAAGAAGGAGGAGAAGGAGAGGAAGGCCAAGGGAAAGACUCAGGGAGACGAGCUCAAAGACCCGCUGGCCGACAACGACGACAGCUCCUCCACCACCACGGAGACCUCCAACCCCGACACAGAGACCAGCACCAAAGAGGAACCAGUGAAAAAGAAAGGGCGAACAGUCACCUCAGAGAAACAAAAGGAGGACAUUUCGUCCUUCCUCGCCAAACCCCAAAUCAAGAAACAAGCGAAUGCAAAGAAGGAGCCCCAAGUCGAGAAGUCCAGUUCCCUGGAGCUACCGUACGUCACGCCGCUGGAGAACAAACAACGCAAGACCUUCACUUCCAAAGCCCUGGUCCACCCUGGUCCACCCAGUGGGCCCAAAACAAGGACCCUGCAGAAACAACGCCUGCAUUGUGGGAAGGCGGAGGACGGGCGUCCGGCUCCGCUGGUGAAGCUACCGUCUGCCGGUUCCGUCCCAGAGCUGCACCACAGCAGCAGCUCCGAGGGCGAGAAGGAGUUUGCUGCUCCGGAAUGGGACGUCCCACUCCCCAAAUCCUGCAAUCCAGAGGCCGACAGUCUGCAGCAGAUCUCCAUCCGCACCAUGAACGCAGACUCCUUCCUCAAGAGACCCCUCUCAGCCAGGACGGGCUCCCCGCCCCCGCCCUCCUCCCCCAGCCUGGUCCCCAGAGGAACGUACAGCAGCGUGCUCAACGCCAACAGUGAGAGCAACUUGAAGAAGGCUCCCGGGAACAAGAUGACUAACCCUGCGUCUCUCCCAGGGAAGGACGGCAACCCAACGUUUGCAGCCGUUGCCGCUGGAUACGACAGAAGUCCAGGUGGCUCUGGCCCUGGUAAGCCUGAGCCCCAGGUGAAGACUCUGGGUCACAUGACGUCCGUGGAGAGUGACAGCUCUGACAGCUCUGGAUUGUGGAGCCCCAUUGAGAGUGCCAACAGCCCAAGCUAUAAUUCUGUCCACUCCUUUUCGGCGUUUGGACCCAACAACUCCUUCAACCUGACAGGGGUCUUCAGCGGCAUGUCGUUCCCCAAGCCGCCUGAGACUCAGCAGAGCUGGUCAGAGUUCAGCCCCGUCUCCUCCUCCAUCUGGGACGUCCCGAGCAGCGAACCCAUGCACACCUGGCCAAGCAGCUCCCCUACGGUGCCAACCGCGUCCAUCCUGGGCCACACGAGGAACCCCUGGUCCGCCACCACUCCCUACAGCAGCUCCAUCUGGUCCACCAGCCGAGACCCAGCCCUGCACUCCUUCUCCGCGCCCUCCGGCCCCCCCUCCGCCCUGCCCGACCUGGGCAGCGUCCCGGCCCCGCCGGUCCCCCCCGGCCCCCCCGAGAUCAGCCGCACCUUUAACCCCUGGAGCAUGUGGGGCCCCACGCCGGGGAGGCGGGGCUCCGAGCCCUGGCCCAGCAACUCUGACCAAUGAGAGAGCAGUCGGAACGUCCACCCCAACGAACACGGACAUGUUGUUGUCAUGGUUACUUUGUUAAUCGGUACUUCCGUUCACUCGGACGUAGGGCCCUCUUUUGAAUCGCCAUCGGUCGGAAACGGCGGAUUAAAGAUGGCGACAUCCACGUUCCGUUCCCCCUCAGUAAAGGUGCUUUGCAUUCAAAGCCGGGAAAUAAAUUUAAAAAUAUAUAUAUAUUUGGAUUUGUUUUAGCAAUAACCUUUUAUAUGUAUGAAGCUUCUUGAAGGUUGGAAGGUGACAAUGCGAAGCUGUUCCAUGUACCCCAUGAUGCUGCACUUAUGUUUGAGAGGUUUAUGUCAUGGUUCUGUAGGCCUCUGUUUGAAAAGGCCCCCAGGUGGAAAUCCACACGCACUCUGUUUUAUAGGUUGGUUCCAGUUUUUACAUAGUCCUGGCAUCAGUAUAUUUUGCAAGUUAAAGAAGAACAUUCAGGAACUUUUUUUCAGCGAUCAUUACGCCAGAAAUACCAUUUUAUGAUCAGGAUAUCGUUUAACAGCUGAGAGCUUAAAGCCCAGAUGUUUUUUUUGUCAAGAUCACCGAUUGGCCGCGAAUCUGGAAGACAUUGUGUUGAUGUUACUUAUUUUUAAAUUAGGUUCCGCUGAAAGUGAGAGAAAAAGAUAAAAAAAGCUUUUUGUUGGAAUUGAUAUUAAGUUGGUCAUGUUAAAGGGAUUAAUGAACUUGAUUACGUUUGGGGUAACACUUGACUGUGACUUGACAUUGUAUGUUUUUGCAUAGUAAUAUCAGUAGUAAAUACCUUGUUAUUGUUAAGUUACAUCCAUAUCUUGAUAUGGUCUUUAAGUUACAAGUAUAAUGAGUUAUAUAAGGGGGAGGGCAGGUCCCUGCAGAAUGAGGUGGAAGUUGUGUAACAUCCACCCUUUCUAUUCUAAAACAAGAUCAAUGCCAACAACCAUUUACCCCCUUUGAGUGUCCACCCCACAAAGACUUGUUUCGUUUCGGAUCAUAACCUAUGCAGCUCAACUGUUAGACCAUGCGACUCGUGUGUGAGGAUCAUGUUGUGACACUGGAGUUAGUGUGUUCUAAUCAAUGUCAACUCCAGGUCAAGUGUUACUCAUGUUUGUACUGUUCAUCACUUGCAUUUGUCACCCUGUUGAAAUAAAAAGGUAUCUGACUGGAA